AUGGAGAGGAUUUGUGAAGUGUCUCAAAACCUUAAACCUCUUCCUGCCUUCCUCAGCCAAGGGAGGAGCACAUGGAGAGGAUUUGUGAAGUGUCUCAAAACCUUAAACCUCUUCCUGCCUUCCUCAGCCAAGGGAGGAGCACAUGGGCAACCUCUCCCUCCACCCUCUCUCCCUCCUCCCUCUCUCCCCUCCCUCUCUCCCUCCUCCCUCCCUCCUCCCUCCCUCUCCUCUCUCCCCUCUCUCUCUCUCCCUCCUCCCUCUCUCCCUCUUCCCUUUCUCCCUCCUCCCUCUCUAACUCCUCCCUCUCUCCCUCCUCCCUCCCUCCCUCCUCCCUCUCUCCCUCCUCCCUCUCUCCCUCCUCCCUCCCUCCCUCCUCCCUCCCUCCCUCCCUCCUCCCUCUCUCCCUCCUCCCUCUCUCCCUACUCCCUCUCUCCCUCCUCCCUCCCUCCCUCAUCCCUCUCUCCCUCCUCCCACUCUCCCUCCUCCCUCUCUCCCUUAUCUCUCUCUCUCCCUCCUCCCAGAGCCCACUGUUUGUGA